CGAGCCCGUCCGGUGCCGCCGGCAGCAUGAAGCGGUUGUGCGAGGAGAGCUCCUCCGACACGGAGUCGGACGGCACUAUCGACGUGGGCCGGGAGGAGGAGUACCGCCAUGUUUCCAGGUCUGUGUCUCCCACUACGACAUCUCAGAUACAAGCCAGGAAGAAGAGGAGAGGGAUCAUUGAGAAGCGGCGCCGGGACCGGAUCAACAGCAGCCUCUCGGAGCUGCGGCGCCUGGUGCCCACCGCCUUUGAGAAGCAGGGGUCUUCCAAGCUGGAGAAGGCAGAAAUCCUACAAAUGACAGUAGAUCACUUAAAAAUGCUUCACGCUACUGGAGGAGCAGGCUUCUUAGAUGCUCGAGCUCUUGCCGUGGAUUACAGGAGCAUCGGCUUCCGCGAAUGCCUCACUGAAGUUGUCAGGUACCUGGGCAUCCUUGAGGGUCAAAACGCCACUGACCCCAUACGGCUGCGCCUCCUCUCCCACCUGAAUAAUUAUGUGGCAGAAAUGGAGCCUUCGCCUGUGGCCACUUCGCUCCUGCCCAUCCAGACGUGGCCGUGGUCCUUCCUCCACAGCACUGCUGGCCCCGUGCAGAUCCCCAGGAGGGAGGCUGCUCCCGCUCCGGUUGUUUUGACUGCAUCUUCCCUGGCUUACCCCAGCCCUGCUGUGAGACCAGCCCCGCUUCGCCGUGUCCCCGGCGACAUGCUGCCAUCCCGCCGAGGCUUCCUGGCCAGCAAGAUGGGCUCUUCCAGCCGCAGGGCCCGGGGUGCAGGCUCAUCUGCAGCUGUAGCAGCCGUGCCCAGGAUGCCAGCACCAGCGGGUGCAUUGAGAGAGGGCUCAUCCAAGAGCAGCCAAAUCGCCACGUUCCUCUUCUCACCAGCCUCCGCCGGCAUCCCCAUGCCACCGGCUUACACAGCACCUCCUGCCUUGGGCGCUGCCACGCAGGGACCUGGGAUCAGGGUUGGGACAUCGAGGAUCUGCCGCUCCUGGGCGACUGAAAUCGGAGCUUUCUGACCCUCCCAUUUGGAGACGGGAAUUCUUCAGCACUCAUUGCCUACAGGCCUAAGAACAAACUCAGCUGAAAAGGCAUCUUUCCUGCUUUGCAAAAACCAAGGAUCCAUAAAGAAAAUCCUCUUUACUCUUCCCUCUCUCCUCGCACCACCUUUCCUGCCUCACCAUCACACGUUCUCUCCCUCAUGAUGCCAGCAAACAGGAAUCACAUACAAUUUGAUACACCUGUCUGCACGCAGCUACCCCCAGAUCCUUCCAGCUACAGCAGAAGGGGCACAUGCAGAUCCCAGCCCUGUUCCACCUCCAGCAAACCACUCUGCAGAGCCCUUUGGAAAAGAGCUAGCCUUGAAAUACUUUUAUUUCCCUGGGGGCCCUGAGCUGCCAGACAGACUUGCUUAUGCCGUUGCCCUGCGAUGUGUCCCCCAGCUGCAGCACCUAAUGUGCUUCCCUUAUCCCCAGCACUGCUGGCACCCCAGCUACAACCCCCCCAGCUCCCUUAGUGAACUGCCUGCCUGUUAAUCCCCAUGCUUUCCUCACUGCAUUACAGCUUUCCCCACUUAUGUGCCCUUAAGGUGGAGUGAGGCAACAGCUUAACAGAGCUUGUUCCCACAGCCGGGCUGGAAUUCCGCCGGAUUCCCUGCACAAACCAUGCAGGAGCAGCCGGCCAGGCCUGUGCAGCCCCCACUCUGCACUGAGGUGUGAAGAGACGAGCCGGAGGAUUUCAAAGGGAUGUCAGUCACGGAGGGGAAGGCGCUGAUGGCCAAAGUGAGAAGAAAAGGCCUUUCCCUUUGCCAGUAUCUCCUCCAUCCCCUGCUGAACAGCUGUGACUGCAAAGGGGGAGAAUGGGUCAGAAGGGCCUGCAUUUGAAGUGCCUCCCUUGUUCUCUCUUAGCCCUGCA